AAGAUAGCUAAAACGGGGUCCCUUUGUUGUGUGGCUGCAAGGCCACAUGGGUCCAAUGCAACCAGCAGAGACUGGUCUGUGGGGCCACAUGAGCCAUACUGGAGAACUAAUACAAGCUUUUCUCCUCCGCCAUCAAGAUGGGACUUUCAAUUCCAAUCUGAAGCUCUCUCAUUUGGUUCUCACGAUGGCAUUCCAUUGUAUGGAUCAUCUGCAUCGUCAAACAGCAGAGAAAGUAGAAAUUGGUUGAGGGGAAACAAUCUAACUAAUCAUCAGUUUCUGGUAUCUGAUGGAAUUGGUCCAUAUUUAAGCAGUCCAUCUGACAUAUCACCUGCCCAGCAAUGGACCCCCCCGGCCAUACAAGAAAUCAGCAAUGAUGAUUAUGGUGCGUCAAGUAGAGAUGUAGUUUUGAGGCCAUUAUCAUUUUCUCCAACAAUGGAGGGAACAUCGGCUGCUAGGAAUAGUGGAGGUUCUACAUCGUCCCGAUCGGACAGUAGCUGUGAUUAUGAGUCCAUGGUCAAGUCACACUCCUCUCAUCGUAACCGUCGAUGCUUUAUGUCUAAAGCAAUUUACCCUUUGUCAUUUCCACCAGAAACGCCCACUAGAGAAAGUACCGGCCUCCCCCCUGCUGGGUUGCCAGAAUUUGAUGCAGCCACUCCACAAAGGGAUAGACACCAUUUGAGCAGUGCUAGUGGUAGCAUUGAUCUUGCAGAAGUACCUGAACCAUUUGAAUAUGAUCUUUCCAGCAGAUCUCGUAGUCCUGCAGAUUGUUUCAGAUGCGGUUUGUGUGAGAGGUUCCUAUCGCAAAGAUCACCUUGGAGUUCUCGUAGGAUUGUCAAAAGCGGUGACAUGCCAGUUGCUGGAGUCCUUUCUUGUCGUCACGUUUUCCAUGCAGAAUGCUUAGAACAAACGACACCUAAGGCACGCAAGAAUGACCCUCCCUGUCCCAUCUGUGUAAAAAUUGAAGAAGAAAACUCCCCCGACCAGCGUGUCUUUUCCAAGUUGAGGAGUAGUUUCCCUCGGCUUAAACCUUUUUGUGAAGAUGGGCCUUCCAAGCCCUGGGGUUGCGCUCAGGUGGGAGACUGCGUUGAAGGGGCAUUGCACACGCCCACUAGGAACACAUUGCUGUCCCUUAACAGGAGCCGUUUCAGAAAAAAUCUUUCCUUAAAGGGCAAUCCAGGCCGAGAAUGUCCAGGGAAAAUCAAGAAAAGCGGCUCCAUCUCUCCCCAGCUAUUUAUUGGACCAGCUGAACAUGAUACCGCUGGUUCAUCAAAAACAACAGGGAGCGGAAGUCUGAAGUGAUGCACAGGUUCUGUACAGACGGGAAUGCAAAUCUUGUCAGCUGUAUUCAAUUUUUGGGGGCGUGGAAGCAGAUUAUAAGCUUCUUGUUUGUGGUAUAUUAUCAUUAGCCGUAAUUAUGAGGAUCUAUGUUGUUUCCCGCAUUUCCUUGUGUAUGAAAACCACCACUUAACAGGAAAAUAUUAAUGCUGCUAAAAGCAUGUAUGCUGAUAUUUCUAGUUCAAAUGAAGCUGUCUUGCAUGGUAGAGUUAUAAAUUGCAACUGUAUGUAUCAUUCUGAAAUCAUCACAAUCUAUGGAAAAUGGGUGGAAAUUUUGAUGGCAAA